AUGUCUUCCAUCAUGAGUCAACCUAAACUGCCAGUGCCUUUCAUCAACAACAGUGGGGGUGUGAGAAAAGACCCUAUGGAUUCGAGAAAUCUUACCUUCGGCCGCGAGCCAUCAUCUCAUUUUCCUUCCAGCAGUCACCACAGCUCGUCGGAUAUCCUGGAUCCCCCAAGAAACAGCACCCAUACUUCAUCUAGCGAAGACUCUGAACGCCCCUCGAGCAAGAAGCAGAAGUUUGAUCACACAAAUGCCGAAUCUCUCGUUGCCCGUUCCUCGGAGUUAGAGACCAUCCUUGCAAAGCUCUCUCCCGGCAUUGUUUCGGCUAUUGAUUCUGAAAGUAUGGAUCCUUGCUCUGGGGAUGAGAUGGAGCUUGCUCGACUCAGACAGCAACUUGUCGCUGCAAAUUCUAGAAUUGCUUUCCAGGAGCAAGAGCUUGCCCAGUCUCGUGUCAUAAAACAUACUAUGGAUCAGGCUCUUGGCCCCCCUUCGGAAGCAGACUUCGGUGGUCGAGAGAUUACUGAGCAGACCAUAAGUCAUUUACAAAGUGCUUUCAAUGCUUCGAAUACUGGCUUCAGUCAAUUCCAAGAUGCAUGGAACUCGCAAGAAGACUCCCAAUCCGAUGUUUCCGACGCGCUGUCCGCCGGCGCUUACAACCGUGCUCGAGGACUUUGGAAUCAGCAAGGCCCAUUACCCUUUGGAAUGGGGCCCAGUGCUCCCUUUGAGAAGUCAUACACUGAGGCUUUUCAAGGUGUGAAUAAUACCUCUCAGGACUCAAAUCGAUUCUGGAGUGGGCCUCCGGCUUACUCUUCUUUUGCAUCUCAAGGAGCACUUCAAUCGCAACGAAUUCUGUCAGGGCCCUCGGCUACCACGUACGGUUUUUAUUCCAGACCUCCAGUUGAACAAGCUCGAUUUGCUCAGGCACCAAAUAUGGGUCCACGUCGUUCUACCACCCAAGGAAACCGUACAGGUAACCUCAUUUCGGCUCAAUCUAACUCUUGGGGUGGUAUAGUCCCCGGAUCACCUGCUGAGGCUGCUCCCAAAUCCCCUUCUUUGCCGCCUGUCAGGCCUUCUGGCACUUUUUCACCAAUUGGAAUAUACCAGAUGCCACCCUUUCCCCCACGACCAAUGUCAACCACACUCUCUCCUACCGCCACUGAGUUUACAGCUGGGAACACCAAUAGUCCUCCCUGGGCGAAUUCUUCCCCUGGGGCAAGCUCCAUCCAAACUUACGUUUCUCCCCUGGAACCCUUGAACUAUCGGCGUCUUCUGGACAAGAAUGUCUCUUGCGACUGGAAAUACAUCGUUGACAAAAUAAUCUGCAACAACGACCAGCAAGCUUCUAUCUUCCUGCAACAAAAACUCAAAGUUGGAACAACGGAGCAAAAGUACGAAAUCAUCGAGGCGAUCGUGAGUCAGGCCUACCCAUUGAUGAUCAAUCGAUUUGGGAAUUUCCUUGUCCAGCGCUGCUUCGAACAUGGUACGCCUGAGCAAAUUAUUUCCAUUGCCAAUGCAAUCAGAGGCAACACCCUCACCUUGAGCAUGGAUCCGUUUGGCUGCCAUGUUAUCCAGAAAGCAUUUGAUUGUGUUCCCGAGGAGCACAAAGCUGUCAUGGUUCAUGAGCUUCUUCGCCGAAUCCCAGAAACUGUUAUCCAUCGGUACGCAUGCCAUGUCUGGCAGAAGCUCUUUGAACUUAGAUGGACAAGUGAUCCCCCGCAGAUUAUGACCAAGGUCAAUGACUCCCUGCGUGGCAUAUGGCAUGAGGUUGCUCUAGGAGAAACCGGAAGCUUGGUGGUUCAGAACAUCUUCGAAAACUGUGUCGAAGAAGAGAAGCGACCGGCAAUUGAAGAGGUUCUAGCAAAAGUUGAUGUGCUGGCUCAUGGCCAGUUCGGUAACUGGUGCAUCCAGCAUAUCUGUGAGCAUGGAGCCCCUCAUGACAAGAGCCGUGCCACUGAGCAUGUUCUUCAUUAUGCGGUCGACUACAGUAUGGAUCAAUUCGCGUCCAAAAUUGUCGAAAAAUGCUUGAAGAUCGGAGGGUCGGAAUUCUUAGACCGUUACCUCGCUCGUGUUUGCACUGGACGUACGGACCGACCUCGGAUGCCAUUGAUUGACAUCGCAGGUGAUCAGUACGGCAAUUAUCUGAUCCAGUGGAUCUUGAUGAAUGCUGCACCCCAUCAACGUGAGCUUGUGGCGAGCCACAUCAGGAAACACAUGGUAUCCCUUCGAGGUUCGAAGUUUGGUUCACGUGUCGCUAUGCUCUGCUGCAACCCAUCUCAUGCCACACGUCCCGGACCUGGGACCGGCAUACAGAUGGGGCGAUUGAAUCACUUCAACGAGGAAAGAUUUGCAUCUGCCAGUCAAAACAACAACCGCUUCAGCCGGGGAGGUCAAUGGAACCCGAAUUAUGCACCUUUUCGUUGA